CCAAACCCUCACUCUCUGUUCGACUGUCAACCAAAACCCUAAAGCCCUCCUACUCCUUAUUCCCGGACAAGGCUUCUCUAUCUCUGCAACCAAACACCACUCUCCGGUAUCAUUUCUCAGUCCAUCUCCAAUGCCGCCGAACGACGACGUUCGGUUCACUUCGUCUCCUUCCGCCAAAGUCCCUCGCUCUCCCGAAAAUCGACACGUGGACCUCACAGUUCUGUUCGCGAGGACCAGAAACUCGUUUUCCCAACUCAUCGACUCGCUUAGGACUCGUACUUCUUUCCCAAAGUUCCCUCCUUUGCCCAUCCUCUGCUCCGCGUCGCUGUCGCUGACUCGGCCAGCCGACUCGUCAGAGUCCGAGUCGCGAAAUCGGAAUGCGGACCGGGGCCAGUUCGUAGGGAAGUCGCCUCUUUUAUGCUCGGCGUCGCUGGCUCUGACUCGGCCGGACGAGUCGAUUCAGUCGCAGCAGAAGGGACACGCUUCCAGUCGGCACGAUGAGGAGAGGGUUUUGAUAAGCGAGGUGCUGGUGAGGAACAAGGACGGGGAGGAGCUGGAAAGGAAGGACCUUGAAAUGGAGGCGUUGGCUGCUCUCAAGGCGUGCCGAGCGAACUCGGCGCUAACUGUGCGGGAGGUCCAGGAGGACGUGCAUAGGAUCAUCGAUAGUGGCUAUUUCUGCUCCUGCAUGCCGGUCGCCGUCGAUACAAGGGACGGCAUCAGAUUGAUCUUUCAGGUAAAACCAAACCAGGAAUUCCAAGGGCUAGUAUGUGAAGGGGCAAAUGUUCUUCCAGCAAAGUUUCUGAAGGAUGCAUUCUGUGAUGGAUAUGGAAAAGUUAUUAAUCUUAAGCGUUUGAAUGAAGUAAUAUCUUCCAUCAAUGAUUGGUACAUGGAUCGGGGCCUUUUUGCCAUGGUUUCAGCUGUUGAGAUUCUCUCAGGUGGUAUUCUUAAGUUACAAGUAUCAGAAACUGAGGUGAAUAAUAUCUCCAUGCGAUUCCUUGACAGGAAGACGGGUGAACCAACCAUAGGGAAGACAAAGCCCGACACGAUACUUCGCCAACUUACUACUAAGAAGGGCCAGGUCUACAGUAUGUUACAGGGAAAAAGAGAUGUAGAGACUGUAUUGACUAUGGGACUUAUGGAAGAUGUUAGCAUCAUACCCCAACCAGCAGAUGCUGGUAAGGUUGAUAUCACAAUGAAUGUUGUUGAGCGGCCAAGUGGAGGGUUUUCUGCUGGUGGUGGUAUAUCAAGUGGAAUUACAAGCGGCCCUCUGUCAGGACUCAUUGGAAGCUUUGCAUAUUCUCAUAGGAAUCUCUUCGGAAGAAACCAAAAGCUACACGUUUCCUUAGAGAGGGGCCAGAUAGACUCGAUUUUUCGCAUAAAUUACUCAGAUCCAUGGAUUGCAGGAGAUGAUAAGCGGACAUCCAGGACCAUAAUGGUUCAGAAUUCAACAACCCCCGGAACACUUAUCCAUGGUAACCAACUAAAUGGUAGCAACUUGACCAUUGGUCGCGUCACAGCGGGUAUUGAAUUUAGCCGACCAAUAAGACCAAAGUUUAGUGGAACAGCUGGGCUUAUCUUUCAGCAUGCUGGUGCUCGUGACGAGAAAGGAGAUCCUAUUAUCAAGGAUGUCUACAGCAGCCCUCUAACUGCAAGUGGCAAUACUCAUGAUGAUAUGCUCCUUGCUAAACUUGAGAGUGUCUACACGGGUUCUGGUGACCAUGGGUCGUCAAUGUGUGUUUUCAACGUGGAACAAGGACUUCCUGUUUUGCCUGAAUGGUUGUAUUUCAACAGAAUAAAUGCUCGCGCCAGGAAAGACGUAGAACUUGGUCCUACUCGUGUUCUUGUAAGUUUGUCUGGUGGCCAUGUGGUUGGUAACUUCCCACCACAUGAAGCAUUUGGCAUCGGUGGAACAAAUAGUGUAAGAGGUUACGAAGAAGGUGCUGUGGGCUCUGGGAGAUCUUAUGCAGUUGGCUCUGGAGAAAUUUCUUUUCCAAUGAUAGGGCCAGUUGGAGGAGUUAUUUUUGCUGACUACGGCACUGAUCUUGGAUCAGGCCCCACCGUGCCUGGUGAUCCUGCCGGGGCUCGGCAUAAGCCUGGAAGCGGGUACGGAUAUGGAUUUGGCAUCAGACUCGACUCACCGCUGGGGCCUCUUCGCCUUGAAUACGCAUUUAACGAUCAGCAUGCAAAGAGAUUUCACUUUGGGGUCGGACAUCGGAACUAGGGGCUUUAGGUUCCAUGUCUUCUAAUUCUUUUGUUAUAUAUUUGUGUUCAGGUUGCACAUGCUGCUUUUCUUCACGCGGUGUUUCAAUAUUCAUCGUAUUAUUUUCGUGUUUUGCGUUACACUUUACCUCACCAAACAACUGGGAAGUAACUCGUCGGAAAAUACGAUAUAAUGGCAGGAAAACUAUUAGUAUUA